UGUCCACGUUACCGAUCGUCGGUAUUGUUUCAUUAAGCCGGUAGUGCAGCUUAUGAGCUAUUGAUUAAAUCUCGUUUUUAAAGCAUUUUUUAACGUGAAUUUACGUGGCUUUUCUUUCCAACUUGCAUUUUUACGAAACUGAAUUCAUAACCAGAAAAUGGCAGGAACCAUAUUAGAAAAUGAGAACUUGAGUGCAGUUAUCUACAGAAGAAUGCAGGCUCACCAGUUGCGGCCCCAAGAUAUUAGACAAAAUAACGCUUGUCAGAUUGUGUAUAACCGAGGUGAAUAUUGCUGUUUAUAUUGUCAUCGUACAUGGAUGUCAAAUUUUUCUUGGAUAAGAGUAAAUCUCAAAGAUCAAAGGUUCGAGUACCGUUGGAAGAUGAAGUGCCAAAAUUGCCUUUCGCUGAAUGAGCCAAAGUUCACCAUACCGCAGUUUGAAGAACUUGCUGAUAUGGCUAUAUGUUGGUAUAAAGGAGAAGACUAUACAUUUCCAAGAACAAAUUCAGUUGCAUAUAGACAAUUUCGAAGGCCCCACUUGCCAACCUUGUGUGAAAAAUGUGGUUGGGGCGCAACAGAAUGUUGGCGAUACGUUUAUCAAUGACUUUUGCUGCUCAUUUUUCUUCAAGCUUGUUCUUAAUAUCUGUGCAGUGAUAUUUCGAAAUUUUACAGCAUUAUUUUUCAAAAAUCAGGUUCCACAUUGAAUUCUUAGAAAACCUAAAUGAAUACUGAAUUUUUACUACCGAGAAUAUAUUUUAAUUCUCAGGUUUAAAAUUAUGUAUAUAAAUAAAAUUAAUUAUUUAUUCUUAAAUAAGUAAUUUAAUUUAUUUACAUACAUGCUUUUUAAACUUAUUUCAACAAAUAGAACAUUUUUAUGUAUGCAUGAACUAUCUUCCAUUCUAAAUUUAAUAUUUUUAUUGCAAGAGAAAACUGCACAGUAAUCUGGACUAUAGCUAUUUCAGAUUCUCUUUUGGUAUAGCUUUUGAUAUAGCUAUUAUAUAGAGAAAAUGACAUCUCUUGCUGUUGAUUGCUGGAUAAUAGUGAAAAAACUUUAUUCAUUAGAAGGUACUUAAAUGUAAAAAAAAAGGUUAAAAAAAAUACAGCCAAACGAUUAUAAUAUAAAUCACAUCUGAAGACAUUUUUUUUUAUCAUUGUAACCAUUAAUUGAAUCCAAGGCUGCAGAAAGAUAUUCAACGUGUUAAUUCUUUGUAUAGUUCUGAUGGUCUACUGUAGAAAAACACAAGUGCAUGUUUGCCUUUGCUUGUGUAAUUUAUCAAUUUCGAAAUUUCUCGCAACUCUGGGAUGCAGUAUUUUAAUUAAUCUGGAUAUUUUUUUAAACAACUAUCAUGGUUUGUUUGCAUAGAAUUGCAAUCCUUGGUAUGCAUAAAAUAUGCAUCUGAAAUAUUACUUCAUUCUGUUAUUCUAAAACUGAUUAUAUUUCUGAAGAAUAAAAAGAAACAAAAAGUUUAAA